AUGGGAAUCUCUGGUGUAAAAGGUGAAGAAGGAAAAAUGGGUCCACCUGGGCCUAGUGGAGAAUGUGGAGAUAUGGGAAUAAAAGGUGAAAGAGGGCCUCCAGGAGACAGUGGCUAUGUUAACAUCCGUCUUGAGAAAGGACAAAAGGGGGAACCAGGGUUUCCUGGUGAGAACGGAUUUAGAGGUGAAAGAGGUGAAAAAGGCAAUAUUGGUUUCAGAGGCACCCCAGGAUUUCCAGGGAAGAAUGGUGUCCCAGGACUGCCAGGUGACCAUGGUGACACUGGACUGAUGGGGUUUCCAGGAUCACAGGGUUUCCCAGGACCAAAGGGCUUCAAAGGAAUUACAGGUUUUCAGGGACAACCAGGUGACCAGGGUGAUGUUGGCUUACCAGGAAUCCCUGGAAAUCCAGGACUGACUGGCCCAAAAGGAUUUAAAGGCAAGAGAGGUGACCCAACUCCUCUGCUUGGUACACGGGGUCGAAAAGGGCCUCCCGGAGAUCCAGGAUUACCAGGACUCUGUGGAUUCCCAGGAGAGAAGGGUUCACCAGGUAUCCAAGGGCAACCUGGAAGACCAGGAUCCAAGGGUGACCCUGGAUACCCAGGAAUACCUGGAUUUCCAGGAGCUACAGGUCCUCAGGGCUUGCCAGGAGAACCUGGAGAAGAAGGGAAACGUGGAAUUUUGGGACCUCCAGGAUUGCAAGGAUUAGCUGGAUCCCAAGGCAGAAAAGGUCUUCCUGGACUGCCCGGACUGGAUGGCUUGGAUGGACUAAAAGGUCAAAAAGGUUCUGCAGGAGCUCCAGGUCAAAGUGAAACAGGGCCCCCAGGAUACUCAGGAGAACUUGGACCAAAAGGAGACAGAGGUGAACCUGGAUGGCCUGGUAUUUCUAUUCCAGGCCCCCCUGGAGAAAGGGGAUUCCCAGGAUUCCCAGGUAAAAGAGGACCUGUUGGACCCACUGGACCUAUAGGAAGAUCUCCUGAUAGUGCUUCUCCUGGUCCUCCAGGUGAUCAAGGACCACCUGGUUUAGAUGGCAUCAGAGGUCACCCUGGGAAUCCUGGUCCUCCUGGAGAGACUAUCUUUGUGCGAGGAGAUCCAGGUGAUACCGGUAUUCGAGGGGCACCAGGUAAUCCUGGGCAGCGAGGGCAACAAGGAGCCAGGGGUCUUCCAGGGAACCAAGGAAGAAGAGGCCCAAAGGGUCCUAUGGGAAUCCAUGGCCCACAGGGUCCACCUGGUGCUAUAGGACAACCAGGACACCAAGGUUUUCAAGGAAAACCUGGUCCCAGAGGUCCCACAGGUGACCCUGGUGAACCGGGAAAAAUAGAUGAUUCAUGCCCUACAAUCCCAGGGCCUCCUGGGGAAGCAGGGCAAAGAGGAGACGAUGGCUCUGUAGGAUUACCAGGGCCAAUAGGCCACCCUGGACCCCAAGGAAGAAAAGGUGAAGAAGGGUCAUGUGGGCUGCCAGGUCAAGAUGGCUUACCUGGGGCACCUGGACGACCAGGUGACCAAGGGAAUAUAGGAGAGCAAGGAUACACUGGGCCACAAGGUCCACCUGGCCAGACUGGUAUCCCAGGACCACCAGGCCCCCAUAUUAGAUCUGCAAGUGGAUUCUUGCUCGUCCUUCACAGUCAGUCAGACAGAGAACCACUCUGUCCACAGGGGAUGCCAAAAUUAUGGACUGGCUAUAGUCUGCUGUACCUGGAAGGACAAGAGAAAGCUCAUAAUCAAGAUCUUGGUCUGGCAGGAUCUUGUCUUCCUGUGUUUAAUACCAUGCCCUUUGCUUACUGUAAUAUCAACCAAGUUUGUUACUAUGCCAGUCGAAAUGAUAAGUCUUACUGGUUGUCAAGUGCUGCUCCUUUACCAAUGACGCCACUCUCUGAAGAAGAAAUACAACCAUAUAUAAGCAGAUGUGCUGUAUGUGAGGCCCCAGCACAAGCAGUAGCAGUUCACAGCCAAGAUCAGUCAAUUCCUCCCUGCCCUGUGAACUGGAGGAGUCUUUGGAUAGGAUAUUCUUUUUUGAUG